AUGGACUUGCAAGCUGUGGCGCCUGGGGGUGGGCAUCGCGUGCGGCUAAAGCUGUUCGUCAAAGAGGAUUAUGAGCCUCAAAAGGUUUGUGAGCUGCACGUUCCCCCUGGAUGCGAUUUCAAGGAGCUCCAUGACCUGGUGUGCGAUACCAUACUGGGCGGAGAGAAUGAGCGAUGGAAGCUUGUGAAGGAGGACCGCACACCACAUCUGGGGCCAAACGGCGGGGGACACAUCGAGAUCACGCAGGAGUGGCAGAGCAAGGCUGCCGACUUGCUGACUCAUCCCGCGGAUGACGCAUGUCCCGUCCAUUGCCUGGAAGAAUCAGAAUUGCGAGGUGGUGCGGAUGUGUACACAGUCAUGCUGGGUGAGGUGGCCCGACAGCCCAUUACCUCUCAACAGGAGCUGGCUGCUUGGUGGGCCUCCCAUCCCCGGCCCGGGCCGCCCCUGCUGGCAGCCACAUGCGCCCGCCUGCUGGCCAAAUUGCGAGUGGCGCCGUCACCGUUGGCGCCAACUGCCGCCGCGGCCAAGCUGGUUUCGGAGGGUCUGGCGGGGCUGCGGGAGCUGGCCACUGACCGUUGGUACGGCAAUCGACUACCGUUGGAUCUGUUGGAGCAGGGACUGCUGGCGGCGAUGCGCGUGCUGGUGGGCGCGGGUGUGGUUCCGGAGCUGAUCGCGGCGCUGGGUAAGGCACAGGCAUGGCGCAAGGCGGCGAUCGCGCGUGGGGAGGCUGUGGCGGCGGCACGCCUGGAGGUGCAGGAACGUCGCAAUGCCGCCGACGCGGCGGCGGCGGAGCGCUUCCGUCGGCGGCGGGAGGAGGCCAAGGAACGGCGUGAGCGUGCGGAGCGGGAGGCUCGUGAGCGCGCGGAACGCGAGGCGGCUGAGGCGGCGGCGGCGGCAGCGCUGGAAGCGGAGCUGGCGGCGGAGGCGGAGGCGUUAGCGGCGGAGGAUUCGGAGCUCGCGGCGCUGUUCCAGACGCGGUCGCCGACGCCGACGGCUAUGGCGAAGGGACCGCCGUCGCCGAAGGCGUCGGCGGUGGACACUGCCGCCGCCGAAGGCGAGGCCGCCGCCGCCGCGGAGGCGACGGAGGCUGCCGCCGAGUCACAAGUGGACGCUGAGCCGGAGCCAGAGCCAGAAUACCAACCGCCUCCAGCGCCGCCAGAUCCGUUUCCGGUUAUGGAGUUAGUGGCACCGGAAGACGAUAUCCGAGUACACCAAAUCGUGGCGGCGGAGGCGCUAUACGCCAUGCUCGGGCGCGAACGCGGUGUACGACGCGCCUUCGCCGCCGCUGGCGGCAUUGCGGCGCUGGAGGUUCUGCUCAGAUCCACCAACGACAGCGUCGUCUGCGCCGCCGUCAGCGCACUAGCGUCGUACGGGCACGACGUCGGGUCGGACCACACGACGGGGCUGGAUAUGCUGGCGACGGCGGCGCCGCCGCCACCGCCAGAUGCGGCGGCAGCGGCUCCCGCGACGCCGGCGAAGUCGCCGUCGCCGGGACCUGGCGGUGGUCGGUUGCGUAGUGUGCUGCCGCCGGCGGCGGCACCGCCACAGCCGAAAAAGGACCCCGUGAUAGAGAACGCGGGGAAGGUCGCGGCGUCGCUGGUGUCUGUGAUAUCUCCGGUGCUGGAGGCGUUGCUAGCUCGGUAUGCGGAUGGCAACAGAGAGCCAACCGCCGCGACGGCGCGCGAUGCGGCAGCGGGUACGGUAGCCGCUGGACCGCCGUACACGGUGCAAUUCCCGCCGCAUCGAUUGUCGUACAUUAUCGAGCUGACGUCGACAGCGCUGUGGGCCGCCAUUGCGGCGGAGCAGCGGGCUAUCGAGAUCCGCGCGGCCGCAGCGGCGACAGCCGCGGCUGAGGCGACGGCAGCGGCGGCGGCGGCGGCAGACGCCGCUGCCGCUGCGGCUGCAGCGGCGGCGGCGGUGCCCCUGACGGCGUCGUCGUCGCUCUCCAGCAUGGAUGACUCCGCAUUGCUGACGGGCCCGAAAAACCCGGCGGCUGUACGGGAGGCCGAGACCGCCGCCGCUGCCGCCGUCGCCGCCGCCACUGCCGCGGCCCUUGCCGCCAUGGUUGAAACGGACACAUAUACGACACCCAUCACACCUGCCGUACUGGAGCACAUUGCCCACCUGGCCAUUGCCAUCGCCAAGCUCGUCCCAGCUGAGGCGGAGGAGCUUCGAGAAGACAUGGAGGCGGCGGCGGCGCAGCAGGAACAGCAACAGCAACAUCUGCAACGGAGGAGUGACGUCAGCGGCGGCAGUCGUGGCGACCUCAAGCCCGGCGGCGGCGCGCGUACCAGCGCCGGCAACACGCGGCUGGUGAGGGCCCAGUUCAAGGCGCUGCUAGCCCGGCAUGCGGAGCUGAGGCGGCUGCACGUGAAGAAGGAGCUGGCGGAGGAUGAGUAUCAAGCGCUUCUUGACGAGAUCGAGGCGGCUAAGAAGCAGCCAGGGCAGUUCUUUUUCGAGCACGAGGAGGAGGCCAAGAGGGAGAAGAAGCGGGAGGGUAUUCGGAAAGUGGAGGCGGAGAUGCGGCGGGAGCUGCGCAACAUUGCAGACAUGGAGGAUAACCUGCAGGCCGCCGCAGACGCUGCCGUACGUGCCGUCAGUACGACGUUGUCGCUGCUGCCGUACGGUGCCGCCGCCGACGCGCCCGUGCUUUUGAGUGGGCCGCUGCCGCCAUCUCUGGAAAACCAGCUCCGUCAUUGCCAGGUGCUCGCGGCGGGUGUUGUACAGGUCAUGGCGGCAACGCUUCAGCCCGGUGCCGUGGACGCCGCGACCGCGGCGGCUGCUCAGCUGCAGAAGAACUGGGAGACGGACACGUCAAUCUCCGCCGCGGUGGCAGCCGCGGCCGCCGCCGCCGACGGCGCCGCGCCGGCGGAGGAACUGGCGGCGGCGACGGCGGCGGCCGCGCUGUACCAGGGGCCGUACCGCGACAUUAUCCUGGCCAGCGGUGUUCUUGAGAUGCUACUGGCGACGGCGACGGCCAGAUUCACCGCUGCCUCGGCGGCGGCGGCCGCUGCCGCUGCCGUACCUCCCACCCCGAUGUCUUCCGUCGCGCCGUCCACCGCCGCCGGCCCUAUCAGUCCCUCCCUCAGCCCCAGCCGGCACAGCGGCUUGUCUAGGAGCAGCUCCAUCGGCGGGGCCUUCACGCCACGGAACUCAACCGCCGCCGCUGCCGGCGGCGGUGGAGGCGCUGCUGCUGGCGCCGGAAGACCAAGCGCCAUCGGUGGCGGCGGCGAUGGCGACGGCGGCAUCGGCGGCUCUGCGUCCCGUACUUCAAUCGCACGGAACUCAAUCGCCUCCGUCAAUGGUCGGAGGGUGAGCUCUACCAGCGGCGAACACGGCGGCGCCGCCGGCGGCGGAGGUAGCCGCGUCUCCAUCGCCGGGAGCACCACUGGCGGUGGCGGCGGCGGCGGCGCCGCCGCCGCCUCACCAUCGCCUCCAUCGCGGCCUCGACUGUUGUCCGCAAUCCUCGCUCAGCAUCCCGUCGACACAUCCACUAAUGUCUUGAUGCAGGCCACCUCCUGUGCAUUGAUGCACCUGGCAUCGACGGAAAACCCCCUGCAGCCGCCGCAGCUCGCUGCUGUCAUGUCGUACAUGCGUACGGCAUGCCACCACACGCCCAGUACUCCGUACCUGGCGGCGGCAUGCUACAGCCUCGCACGCCACGUCGGCAACCGGCGGUGUCUCGUGGAGGGUGUGCAGGCUGCUACUGCUGCUACUGGUGCGGGAAAGGGUCCACAAGGUAAGGGCACGUCGGCGGCGGCGCCGCCGCCGACGGGAUUCAACAGCGCCGCCGCGGCGGCGCGCGCCAGUGCCGCCGCGGCCUCUUUGGACUCAGACUUGUGGGUGGAGGUGCUGGGUGUGUUGCUUCGCGGUGUCCUGACUAAGCUACGGAAGCCCGGCGGCGGCGCUGCGCGCGUCACAUUCAUGUCAACGGAGGCCGCCUCGUUGGCCGCCGCCGUCUCCAACGGCAACAGAUCCACGUCGCCGCCGCCAACGGCGGCGUCGACGGCAGCGGCGCGACCGUCCUUGAUCUCCGCUGCGAAAGGUUCCCGGUCGGCCUCGCCGCCGCCGCCGCCGUCGGCGGCGACGCGGCCGACAUCCGCCAGCUCUACCCAUGUACAGCAUCAUCACGGCACCAACGCGCACUCGAUCAUCCACGGCAACGGCAAUGCGCACGGGGCCGUGAGCUCCGUCAGCGGCGGCGUCGGCGCCGCUGGCGGCGGACCCAUGGGUCAGUGGGCCGCCUCACUCGGCGGCGUGCUGCGCAGCGGCCGCUUCCUUGUGAUGGCGCUGUGGCUGCUGUUGCGUCAAUGGGUAGUGGACAAGGUCAAUCCGGUCAAUAUGAUGCGUACGGCAGAUGGGCUGUACACGCAGGCGGACUACAGCUGGUGGAGUGUUCGUUUCGACGCCGACACGCCGCUCACCCUUACCAACGAAGUCCUUGACGGCCUUGCGCUGGCCGUAGAAGCCGUACAUGCCGCCGCUGCGGCAGCGGCGGCGGCAGCGGCGGCAGCCGCUGCCGCCUCCUCUAUCGCUGGCGGCGGCGGCGGCGGCAGCACCGGCGCCGGAGGCGCCGCCGAGCCGGCACUUUCCUUGCCGUUUGCGCCGGGAUCUGGCGGCGUGGCGGCUCUCCGUCGCCUGUCGACUCGUUGUGUUUGGAGUCUGAGCGCCACCCAUCCGGCGGUGGCGGGGGCGCUAGUGGAUCGCGGCGCGGGGGUGUUGGCGUUGACGGCCAUGAGGGACCAGAGCAACGUCGCCGACAGUGAACUGCAGGCGAGCGACGGUCCCGCGCGAGCUGAUCUGGCCGCCUCCACCACCUCUUCGGCCUCGGGAGCUGCCGCCGCCAGCGGCGGCGCUGACAUUGACGUAUCCUUGCUAGAGGCUGCCGUACGGGGCCUGGCUUUUUUGGCGGGCGCGAGUACGGAGGGCCGGCUGGCGGUGACGGGCUCCCGGGCUGUACGACGGCUGGUGGCAGUCGUACGGGCGGAUAAUGCUGCGCUAGAGGCUUUACGGCAGCGUCGGAGGGAGGAGGGUAUCCCCCCCUGGAGCCGGCUGGAGGACCUCAUCUGCCCUCUCAGAGCAGUCAACGGACUGCCAAUUGCCGUACCUGCCGCACAGGCCGCCUCCCUAGCAGCCCUACAGCAACAGCAGCCCGGUCCCGGUACACCCCACGGCUCCUACUCCUUCGCCCCUUCCCCAUCACCCACGUCGCCGUCGCAGCAGCAACUGCGCAACAGACCACAGUCCAGUGGCGGCGGCGGCGGCGGCGGGGGCACGAGCAUCUGCCGGCACGGCUUAUACACAUUGAUGGCUGCCGUACACGGUUCCGCCGACCCGGCACGAUCUGCUGCUGCACGCGCCGUUUUGACCAACAUCCACUACCACCCGGGCAAUGCUACUGUGCUGUACAAAGCGGAGCUAAAACUUAAGUACGCGGCCCUAGCCAGAAUGCUGGAAGAGGAGCGGCGGGAAAAGGAAGCACGUGAGGCGGCCCUACGGCGCAUGGCGGCUGCCGCCGUAGUUGGCAUGAACAUAGGGACGAGUAGCGGCAUCGCCAGUGGCAACAACAGUGCCAAAGGCGCCGGCGACGCCGCAAGCGUCGACGGCAACAGUCGUCCUUUGAGUGCGCGAAAUGUAGCCGUCGGCGCACAGCGUCCCGUCUCGCGCGGCGGCGGCAGCGGAGCGGCUGGGACACCGCGGCGGGCGGGCAGCGCCGCGGCGGAGGUGGCGCGGCAACAGCUGAGCGCGAUGCGUGCCGCCGCCGCUGCUGCGGCGGCUGCCGCCGCCACCGCCACUGGCGGCAUCGAUAGUGGUGCGCCGUCGCCGACGGGGCCAGGCCCUGUGGGAGCGCUACCUGGAGGUGGCGGUGGCGGCGGCGCCGCCGCCGCCGUCGCUGCAUCGACGGGCGCUCCCAGCGCCUUGGCGAGGCCCUUGAGCGCCAAACCAUUGGGACUGCCCGCCGUGGCCUCCGCGAUGGCGGCGGCGCCGACGGUAUUGACGCCGGGUGCCGUCGGCAGCAGCUCCGCUGCUGCCGCCGCCGGACCUGGCGGCGACGCUGACGGCGCCGCCGGGCCCGCCGACGGCUCCCAUCUCGACACCAACACAAUCGCCGCGCGGGUCCGCUUUCUUAAAUGGGUCCUCGAUCCCAACGUGACGGGGGGAAUCGAGGUUGAGCGCGGCGGCGGCGGCAGCGGCGGCGGGAGCACUGACGGCGGCGACGGCUGGCUGGCUAAUGUGACGGCGGCGCUGGGGGCGGCGACGGAUGGCGGCGACGCCGCGGACAUGAUGGCGACGCUGACGGCGGAUCCCGAGGAGCGCAACUGGCUGGACAUGGUGACGAAGUACGGCGAUUUGGACGAGUACGAGGAGCGAUUGGACGCUCGCAGUGAGCAAGGUCGGUUCAUGCGGGGGGUCCUUACGCGCUCUUUGGCCGGAGGGGCCAACAGUCUGUGGCGGGAGCAGAACGACGAUAAGGGCAGCUCCGCCGGUGGCGGCGGCGGCGGCGGCGGUGCCAAUGCAAGGCAGAUGGCCAGUGCGCGAAUGCGGCCCGUAAGUGAGUCGUCUGCCCCUGGCAACAGCGGCGGCGGCGCCGCAGGCGCCGCUGCUGGCGGCGGCUAUGCCGCGGACCGGCCCAGAUCCGCGUCCGUACAACGAUUGCGGAUCGCUGGCGGCGGCGGCGGCGGCAAUGGAGGCACUUCACGACCUGGCUCGGCAGCGGCACCGGUCGCCGCCAGCAGCGGCGGCGGCGGCGAGGCUGUCCACGGCGCCGACAACGGACGUCGGCCCGGCUCGGCAUUACGUGGUUCACCACCGGUGACAUCCCUGGCCUGGCCCGCCGGCGCGCGGGCAGCGGCGUCGGUGACGUCGCCGUCGACUGUUGGCGGCGGCAGCGGCCUGUCAGCAUCCGCGCCGGCGCGCUUCGUCAACCUGUACGGCAUUCCCACCGGCGUCACCAUCAACACUCGUCAGGCGCCGCAACCGCAUAAGCCGCGUGUUCCUAGCAGCGGCGACGCCGGCUCGCAGCAGCGACAGCAGUCGGGAUUUGCGCUCCAAGGCAAUCCAUGGUCUCCGCACAUCCUUAGAUUCGUACAAGACCCGCCGUCCUCAGGUGGUCCGACUCUUCGCGGCGAAUUAGCCAACCGAAUGCUGACGGCGGUUGCUCCCGAGUACGUUGUGGAAGACCUCGCAGGACUUACGGAUAACAACAAAGUGGAAGAAGAAAUGUCGUACUUGUCAUGCCAUGACGCACCGCCAGUUGGUCCACGCGGCGCGGCGCCGGCGGGUACGAUUUCCGUACGGAACUGGGCAAAGCACCGGCUUGCUUUGAAGGACCGAACGCUAAGUCUGUACCGUUCAGGGUCGGUGAGACCCGCACGCGGACUAUGGGCUGGCGACGACGACUCCGACGGAGAUGACGGCGCCGGCGGCGGCCGGCCUAGCACUCGUGCCAAUCGCCUCAACGGCGACCGUGACGCCACCGACGCCUCCGGCAACUCCGUGGCGGCGUCGGUGGCGGAAGCACGCGACGCGCUGGCGCUGGCGACGCGCAGCCGUACUGGCGGCGGCAGCACCACAAGCGAGAGUGACGACAACGGUGAGCCACUUGCGCCACGAGAGACGCCGCUGCUGGUUUCGUUACUGCCGCCAGUUCUGAUCGGGGGCUCCGCCGCCGCCGCCGCCGCCGCCGAUGGCGCGCCGGGAUCGCCCCCGCCAGUGUCCCCGGAUCCCGUCGCCGCCGCGCCGGCGGUGGCAACAGCCGCCGCUGCCGCAUCCGUAAUUUCCGCGCCGCCGUCCGUCAUUGCUGGCGGCGGCACCCUCACCGCGGUGCCGUCGUCGUAUAUCAACGGCGGUGGCGGCGUCGCCGCUGCUUCGAUCCUCUCCUCGUCGUUAGCGCCGUCAGGCCUACCGACCGACACCGCAACGAUGCUAAAGGGCUCCAACACCAGCGACGUCAUCGCCACCGUCGACGGGCGCCUCGCACGCGCUCUCCACAACCCCGCCGACUCGUACCGGAAACCACAUGCCGGGUUGGCAUGUCCCCCGGGCACUCGAAUCUCCACCCUCCGUUCAACCAAGCCCAGCAAAAGCGUGCUGACGCCGGGCAGCGUCGGCGGCGCGGCCGCAGCCGCGGCGGCCGCCGCGGCCGCGGCGGCGACCACCGCUUCCGGUAUCGGCUCCGUCCUUGGAUCUCAGUUCGGUGCCGGCGGCGGCGGCGGCAGCAGCAGCUUGGGGACUGCUGCUGCUGGCGGCAUCGGUGGCAGCGUCGGCAUCGGAUCCCCCCCGUCGUUGUUGGGCUCCACAUCCCUCGUAAGCCGUAGCUCGGUCCAAGGGAACAACGAAAUCAUCAUGCCGCCUAUCGCGGUGGACGUUCCUCGGCCAGUGACCGUCCUGGCGGGCUCUGUUGGGGACCUCCUCGCGGCCAAAGUGGCACGCGAGGUCGACGCCGCCAACCGGCUCUUGAAGGCCACCAUCGCGGGAGGUACCGGCGGAACCGGAUUGGACGACAUCUUCGGACCUGGCGGAGGCGGCGGAGGUGGCGGCGCCGCCGCCGCCGCUGGCGGCGCCAUCGCUAGCUCGCCCACCGGUGGCGGCGGUUCCGCUGGCGCCAACAGCAUCCGCACGCCGCGCAGCAGCCGUACAAUCAUUAGCGCCGCCGCCGCCGGCGGCGGCCACAGCGCCCGUGGAGCCCUCAAGGGCUCUUCCGCCAGGGCGUCGACCUCGCACUCCAUCUCCCCGCCGCCAUCGUCCACUUCCCCGCCGCCAGCAGGGGGCCCGGGCGCGAGCCCGGCCGCCGGCGGCGGCGGCGCCGCCGCCGCCACCGGCGGCGACUCAUCCAGCGGCGAGGACGCCGCCGGCUCCGCCAGCGCCAACCCCGCACUGUCCCUGUUCCAGCCUCAGCCCCUUUCCGUACUUGUAGCUACCGGCGACGGCGGCACAGACAGACUCUACCGCUUCCCGCGGCUGUUGCUGACGGGGGCGCAGCACAUGUGCCUCUUCGAGCACGUCGACGGUUGUCGGUUCUGUGAGGCGCUGUACGGCCACUACUUGCUGCCGAAUGGGAUGCUGGCGCACUUCUACUUGGGGGAUACGGUAGUCAAGGGACAUAGAGUGGAUUUGGUACCCGCCCCCGACAUUCCUUUCGCACCCUCGGACUGGGUGCCCGACGGCUUCCCGGCAUGUACGGCAUUGAACGACUGGGGAGGACCCGUACCUGCACGGCAGAUGGUACUGCAGCCGCUGCUGUCAGGAGCUGGUCUCGGAACCGGUUUCGGGGCACGUGGCGGCAGUGGUCGGCGCGGCGGCGGCGGCGGCGGCGGCGGAGGGGGAGGAGGCGGAGGGGUGCUGUUGGAGGCGUUGUGGUGUCCGAUGCCGCUGACGGCGCCGCCGCUUCGUCCCGAGCAGCGUUGCGCGCUGGAGUGGGACGAGAGUGGUUCGGACCUGCGGAUAAGGAGUUUUGCGCUGGAGGUACGGCUGCGUACGGUGACUCGUACGGAGACGCUGCAGGAGGUGGUGGAGCCGCCGCCUCCCCCUGUGACGAAGACCAAGAAGAAGAAGGGUGCUCCCGGGCGGGCGAAUGCGGCCCGUGGCGCAUCCGCUAGGGGGGGGAGUAGGUGGCUUCCUGCCUUCCCUCCCGCCACUCCUGCCACUUGGGCGUACGACACCAAGACUCCAGGAAUGGAGAUGGCGGCAGAACAGCCUAAGGUACGGGAUGGCUGCUACACGUACACAGCAACUCAUAAAAUAUCACCAUUCGUGUUGAGCACCUAA